UGUGGUGCUUGCUUCGGAGAGUUUUUUUUUCUGGUCGGGAGUUAAUUACAUUUUUAUCAUCCCAAAUUUGUCCCACGAUGACCGACGUGAUCAAUCCGGUUGCGGCCGAACUCGAGGAGUUAGGAGACAAAUCCGCCCCAACAUUAUCGGGGCCAAUUGUGGGCAUAAUUUAUCCCCCACCAGAGGUUCGAAAUAUCGUGGACAAAACAGCCAGUUUCGUCGCCCGAAAUGGACCCGAGUUCGAGAGCCGCAUUCGGCAAAACGAGUUGGGCAAUCCAAAGUUUAAUUUCUUGAGCGCCGGUGAUCCGUACCAUGCCUACUAUCAGCACAAGGUUCGCGAGAUCCGGGAAGGUAGGAACGACGUUAGUUCGGCGGUAGUUCCCGCUGGGAUUCAGCAGCUGAAAAGUGCCGCCAGUGCGGCAGCUCAACUUAAACAACAGGAACUGCUGAAGGCGGUUCGUGAAGAACAGUUUGUUCCCAAAGAUCCACCGCCGGAGUUUGAAUUUAUUGCCGAUCCGCCGUCGAUUUCCGCGUUAGAUUUGGAUAUCGUGAAACUUACUGCACAGUUUGUGGCCAGAAAUGGGCGUUUGUUCUUGACUAACUUGAUGAAUCGUGAGCAAAGGAAUUAUCAGUUUGAUUUUUUGCGACCGCAGCAUUCGCUAUUUCAGUACUUUACCAAGCUGCUGGAGCAGUAUACGAAAAUUUUGGUUCCUCCGAAGGAUCUGAUGAAUAAGUUGAAAAUUGAGAGCGCCCCCGGACGUAGCAGUAUGAAUGUGGUGUUGGAGCAGGUGAAAUAUAGGGCAAAUUGGAACAAGCAUCAGGACAUGCAGAGGCGUCGGGAGGAGGAGAAAGUCGAGCGAGAACGAGUUGCUUAUGCUCAGAUUGAUUGGCAUGAUUUUGUCGUUGUUGAGGUGGUAGAUUAUCAACCGUACGAAAGUGGUAAUUUUCCUCCACCGACAACUCCGGAUGAAGUCGGUGCUCGAGUUCUGAUGGAAGAACGUCUUACUGAGGACGAUCACGAUAUUGAAAUGCAAAUCGAGUCCGACGACGAGGAGAGCGAUGACGAUCGGCCGGUUAAUACGAAUAUUAGAAUGUCGAAGAUGGAAAAUCGUCUUGGGCAGGGUUCUGCCUUGCGGAAGGAUAAUAACCAGAUUCAGGAUAUGGACGAGUCUAGCUCGUCUAGCGAUGAUGAUGAGCCGGAGAGACCGGGACGCGAUAAGGCUGUUUCGCAGGCUCCACAGCCACCUCCGGUGGCGCCACCAACCCAUGACAAAGUCAUCGUUAAGAAGUACGAUCCCAAGCAAGCUCAAAAAACGCAAAAAGCACCUACUGUUACUGUUGGUGACGAUUAUCUCAUUUCACCAAUUACGGGCGAAAAAAUUCCGGCUUCGAAGGUGGCAGAACAUAUGCGUAUUGGUUUACUGGAUCCUCGUUGGGUCGAACAGCGCGACAAACACAUUGAAAAAGUGGCCCAGGAAAAUGUGUACGCCCCAGGAGCCGCAAUUGAGGCAAGUUUGAAACAAUUGGCUGAACGUCGUACUGAUAUUUUCGGUGUUGGAGAUGAAGAAGCUGCCAUUGGUAAGAAACUGGGCGAAGAAGAAACUAAAAAGGAUGACCGUGUUACUUGGGAUGGGCACACAUCCAGCGUGGAAGCGGCCACUAGAGCAGCCAGAGCUAACAUUACGCUAGAAGCUCAAAUUCAUCAAAUUCACAAAAGCAAAGGAUUAAUCACCGAUGAAGAAAAGGAAAAAAUCGGACCAAAACCAAUACCAGGAACGGUGGCUGUAGCACCACCCAAGCCUUCGGUACCGGUUCCGCAACCACCAGUACAUACAACGGCAUCGCAAUCACAUCCACCCCCUCCGCCGAAGCCGAUCCAAGUUCCCCAACAUCAUCAGCAUCAUCAACAGGUGCAGCCACCACCACCGAUGAUGAUGCCCAUGGGAAUGGGAAUGGGCCCUCCACCUAUGAUGCCUCCUCCGUUCGGGGUUGGCUUCGGAGUGCCGCCGAUGCCACCGCACGGUGUACCGCAGAUGGCACCACCGCAAAACCUCGCCGAACCUCCAUCCGGCGGAGGACCGCAGUCGAUCGAUAUGGACGAGCCGCCGAACAAGAAGUCCCGCACCGAGGACCACCUGAUCGAGGAGAACGUUUUUAUGCAGCGCCACAAGGGCCCGGUUACGAUUCAGGUGCAGUGUCCGAAUCUGGCCGAGAAGAGCGAAUGGAAGCUGAGCGGGCAAACGAUCGCUAUGCAGCUGCAGCUGACCGACAGUGUGGUCGUGAUGAAGAGCAAGCUGCAGGCCGAAACCGGAAUGCCACCGGCGAAGCAGAAGAUUUUCUACGAGGGAAUGUUUUUCAAGGACAGCAACUCCGUUGCUUACUACAAUUUGCUGAGUGGAGCCACCGUUCAUUUGCAACUGAAGGAACGUGGAGGCCGUAAGAAGUAACCGAACUUGACAUAAGGUAAAUUCUUUUCAUCCACACUUAUAAUAUUAUCAAGCUUGAAAUAUUUGCUGUUCUAUAAAUGGAUAGCAAAUAACAAAUAUUUUUAUUGAAUUCCUAAAUAUCAAUGCGUCUAAUCAGUAAUAAAAUCAACAAAUAU